UACCCGACGCUUGACCGAUGUUGGUCAAAUCAAUGUCCAUUCUUCUCAGACCACGUUCAUGUAUCGGUCACUCUUGGAUACCUCUAACAUUUCACCUGGUCAAGGUGUUUAUUGGUCAAGUGUCCAUUGAGACGAAGAGAAACAAUCAUUCCAAACAUAAUCUUAGUUUGUAAAGGUUAUGCUUUCUUCAUGUUCUCACCUCAUGCAUAUCCAGUUGGACGUUCAUACUGAUUUUAUUCAAUUUUGAUACUAAUUUGUGAUACAAACCAAUUUAAGAUCAGAGCAGCUUCAUCGGCCAAUACUUGGAAUAAAGCUUACGAAAGGAUAACAUCGAAAGGGACUAUUAUUUAGGAUAUACAUUCAAAGAGGUAGAACAAGAUGGGGUGCGGUACAAGCAAGGACCUGGCGGUCACAGAAAACUCAAAUGGAACCGCUUAUCGCCCAGCAAACAAAGACAUAAAUAGCAAGGACGAAAAGAACGUUGAUCACAAGGAAACAGCUACAUCGUCUAAACCAAAAGAGGUCAAGAAAAAACCAAAAGCCAAGAAGAAGUUGAAUGAGCUCAAUGUAAGAGGAUAUGAAAAAAGGGCAGCUCCCGCACCCGUAGUAGCAGAAAAAUCACAACCAGAACAUGAAAGUAAAGAAGCAGAAACAACUCAAGAGGUAAAGAAAGAAGAGCCAGCACCAAAAGUAGAAGAGUCAGUACCUGCACCGGAGCCGGCAAAAUCCCCUGCAGAGGCACCGACAACAGAGGCGACACCAAUAGAAACAAAAACAGCACCUACAGUAGAACAGGCACCAACAGAGCAAGGGGCGGAAGAAACUACCAAGCAAGCACCGCCAGCUGAAGAAACUCUUACAGCAACCGAAAAGACACCCGCUGCUCCCGAAGAGAAACCCGCUACCACCGAAGAGCCAGUAGCUACCGCAGAGAAAACAGCUGUCACUGAGGAAAAGCCAGCAGCUUCUGAUGAGACGCCAGCAGCCACUGAAGAGAAGACAUCAGCCUCUGAUGAGACGCCUGCAACCACUGAAGACAAGCCAUCAGCGGCCGAAGAGAAGCCAGCUGCCACCGAAGAAACACCAGCAGCCACUGAAGAGAAGCCAGCAGCCUCCGAUGAGACACCAGCAGCCACUGAAGACAAGCCAGCAGCCACUGAAGAGAAGCCAGCUGUCACCGAAGAAAUACCAGCAGCCACUGAAGAGAAGCCAGUAGCCUCCGAUGAGACACCAGCAGCCACUGAAGUCAAGCCAGCAGCCACUGAAGAGAAGCCAGCUGUCACCGAAGAAACACCAGCAGCCACUGAAGAGAAGCCAGUAGCCUCCGAUGAGACACCAGCAGCCACUGAAGACAAGCCAGCAGCCACUGAAGAGAAGCCAGCAGCCUCCAAUGAGACACCAGCAGCCACUGAAGAGAAGCCAGCUGCCACCGACGAAACGCCAGCAGCCUCCAAUGAGACGCCAGCAGCCACUGAAGAGAAGCCAGCUGCCACCGACGAAACGCCAGCAGCCACUGAAGAGAAGCCAGCAUCCUCCGAUGAGACACCAGCAGCCACUGAAGAGAAGCCAUCAACCGCCGAUGAGAAGCCAGCAGCCGACGAAGAGAAGCCAGCUGCCACCGAAGAUAAACCUCCUGCUGGCGAAGAUUCACCAGAUGGCGCUAAAGAUUCACCAGCAUCCACCGAAGAUACACCAGAAUCUCCCGAAGAUAAACCUACCACCGCAGAAGAUAAACCAGCAACCACCGACGUGAAAGCAGCAGCCAUCGAAGAAACGCAAGCAGUAACUGAAGAGAAGCCAUCGGCGGCCGAAGAGAAGCCAUCAGCGACCGAAGAGAAGCCAGUUGCCUCCAACGAAACGCCAGCAGCCACUGAAGAGAAGCCAUCGACCGCUGAUGAGAAGGCAGCAGCCAUUGAUGAUAAGCCAGCAGCGGCCGAAGAGACGCCAGCAGCCGCCGAAGAGACGCCAGCAGCCGCAGAAGAGAAACCUACUGACACGGAAGAUACACCCACUGUCAAAGAAAGCGCACCAUCAACCGUCGAAGAUACACCUCCUGCUGGCGAAGAUACAUCAGAUGGCGCCAAAGAUUCACCAGCAACCGCAGAAGAUACUCCAACAACUACCGAAGAUGCACCAGCAACCGCUGAAGAAAAACCAGCAACUACCGAAGAUAAGCCAGGAACCACCGAAGAUAAGCCAGUAGCAACCGAAGAUACACCAGCAACUACAGAAGAUAAGCCAGCAACCGCUGAAGAAAAACCAGCAACUACCGAAGAUAAGCCAGAAACCACCGAAGAUAAGCCAGUAGCAACCGAAGAUACACCAGCAACUACAGAAGAUAAGCCAGCAGCUACCGAAGAUAAACCAGCAGCCACCGAAGAUAAAUCAGCAGCCACCGAAGAUACACCAGCAACCACCGAAGAUAAGCCAGCAACCACCGAAGAUGCACCAGCAACCACCGAAGAUGCACCAGCAACCACCGAAGAUAAGCCAGCAGCCACCGAAGAUAAGCCAGCAGCCACCGAAGAUAAGCCACCAACCACCGAAGAUAAGCCAGCAACCACCGAAGGAGCUCCUGUUACAAAGGAAGAAACACCAGCCUCCGCAGAAGCUCCAAACUCCGAGGAAAAAACAGCGACCGAAGAAACACCCGGCACCGAACAAGCACCGGUCGCCGAAGAAGCACCUGCCUCAACAGAAACACCCGCAAUCGACGAAACACCUCCCGCCACAGAAACACCAUCUGCUUAAGUAUCAAAGCAUGUGGCAGAGGAGAGUGAUGCGCCAACAUCUAAAGAGGA